UGUUUUUGUUUUUUUUAUCUCAUUAGGUCCCCUCCAACAGAAGACACUCUGUCAGUCCACGGACAUUCACAGUGCCGCAGACAUGUUCCUGUAUCUUCUUGGCCUGGUCGUCCUCUUCUACCUGUUCCGUUGGAUCAGAGAGGUGCCCAGGGUGGGCGAUAAGGCCAGCAAGUAUGUGUACGUCACAGGCUGCGACAGCGGCUUCGGGAACCUCCUGGCUCGCCAUCUGGACAAGUUGGGCUUCCGAGUGAUCGCUGGAUGUUACACCGAAAAGGGAGAGGAGGGACUGAGGAAGGCCUGCUCUGACAAACUCAUCACAACUCACCUAGAUGUUACCUCCAAGGAGAGCUUGGCCAAAGUUGCUGCCAUGAUUAAGGACAAAGUGGGAGAGCGCGGUCUUUGGGCUGUGGUGAACAAUGCAGGUAUUGCUGUUCCUUCCGGCCCGUGCGAUUGGCAUACCCUUGACGAUUACAAGUUAAUGCUGGAGGUGAACCUGAACGGAGUGAUCGGCUCCACACUAAGCGUCCUGCCUUUGAUAAAGAAGGCCAGGGGCCGAGUGGUGAAUGUCGCAAGCGUGUUUGGGAGAAUCUGUGUCACUGGGGGCCCAUACCCUGUCUCAAAGUUCGGAGUUGAGGCAUUCAACGAUAGUCUCCGGUUCACCAUGGCUCCGUUUGGUGUCAAAGUCCUCUGCAUUGAGCCAGGGUUCUUCAAAACCAGUGUCACAGACAGCCAAAUCCACAUCAAAAAUGCAGAAACGCUGUGGGCCAGACUGCCGCAGGACGUCAAAGACGACUACGGGGUUGACUACAUCGGAAAAACAAAAGAGGUGAUAAAAGAAAAGGUUGCCCAGAUGAGUGACGGUGAUCUGAUGAAGGUGGUGAGCUGCAUGGAACACGCCGUGUCCGCUGUCUGGCCGCGCAAGCGCUACUCCCCCGGUUGGGACGCCAAGUUUUUCUGGCUGCCGCUGUCGUACAUGCCAACAUGCGUGGUUGACUACAUCUUCCUGAAGACUGCCAUUCCUAUUGCCAAGAAGUUACAGUAACCCUCCAGCUGUGCAUCUACUUCAUGCAAUACUCAUUGUAAUACUUUCGGGAGUCUGCUCACACGUUUUGAAUUGUUUACUAUAAUGACAAGGCCAAACUUUAGUCUCAAGGACAUUCUCAAGGCCACCUUAUCCUCUGUUCAAAGAAAGCUCAGCAUUGAUGAUAGCCAGGUGUUAAAGGUUAA